GUUUUCUUGUAUACUGCAGAGUUCGGGGGGUUGGGUUUCCAACAGUAAAUAUGUUCAAACAUUUUUUUAUAAUUAAGGCUGGGGGUAGCGGGGAGAAGGGGUGGUACCACUUCGGUCCUCGGUCGUCCAGCAAAGGGAAUAGGAAUUUAUUCUCUCUUGGGCCGUCAUCCAUCAAAGGGUGGAAAGAAAAUUUCUUCUUUGUGGAUGACACCGAGUGGAGUAGGAGGGAUGCCGAAGUAGAACAGUUGUCUGCUUGGAAAGCGAAGAAAACCAAGCAGAACAACUAUAAGUUGAAUGAGGAUGAGGUGGAGGAGGUGAAGAAGCUGGUGAGGGAAGAUGGGGACGUAGUGGAUAUCUUGUACCUCACCAGCCAGGAGGCGAUAGAUGCUGCUUCUGAGAUGGAGGAGUUUACCCAUGCUGCUGGGGGGCUACGCAUCCCCAAGAAGCCAAGGAAGAAGUCAACGACUUCAGCUGCGGCGAACAGAGGGGUGCCCGAGAGAGAGCGCCUGCCCAGCACUUCAGCUCGGGCCAUGGAGGUGCAGCCAAGGCCGGAGCCUGUGAUGGGGGGCAGCGAGGAUAAAUCAAUCCUGAGAUCCAGGAGAGGGGAGAGGCCAAGGUGCGAGGCCAAGGUGCGAGGCCUUAGUGGGGGCAGGGAGCGCACCCCACCCCGCGCGUACCAGAAAGGUUUGUUUGAGGCGACAAACAUGACUGGGGCGAAGCACUUUCUCAACGCUACGCUUCCUGACGUGGAUAGGAUGCAAGCGAAGAACGAGGUGCUUAGCCAUGCGGGGUAUACCGUGGUGAGGCAUGCUCUAGAGAGUGCGAGCUGGACAAACGCUCUAGCGCAGGAAUAUACAGAGAGCGUUAGAGAUCGUGCCAGCUUGCAGAGGCAAUGCGAUGCCCUGCGAAAGGAGAAGGAGGAGCUCCAGAAGGAAAAGGGGGAGUUGCAGAAGAAAAACCAACAGAUUCAGGGGAGGCUGGAUGAGGUGACACCAACAGUGGCCGAGCUCCAAAGUGAUAACAGUGUCUUGAGCACGAAACUCUCUCUUGAGGAACGUAAAAGGAAAAUUUGCGAAGAGAAGGUCGAGGCUCAAGACAAAUAUAUUGAGAGCCUGAAGAAAGGGGCAGUGGAGCUGAAGAAGAACGUGGAGCUGUUGGUGCACAACGGAAUGGAGGGACAUAUUGGCAACUUCCUCAACUCCAGCACCUUCGAGGACAUCCUCAAGCUGUACCGGCUGCCAACCGCCAUCCUGGCCUUCACGGACUGCAGAAAGAAGGUGAAGGCUCAGUACCCAGAGGUGGACGUGACAACGGUCACCUUUGGGGAACAAGAGGAAGGAGUGGAGGAAGAUGGCGAAAGUCUCUGUGCGGACUUCCGCCCUCAGAUUACUUUGAGGUGGGAGCGUGAUGCAGAGGGGCGCACCAUUUUUCCUCCAACCUUUGAUGCUGAGUUGGUGGCUGUGGAGGGAGGAGAAGCAGAAGAAGAAGUGCAAGAUGCUGGAGUUGAGGCGGCAAUGGCCGAAGUGCAGCCUCCAGAAGUGCAGCCAAUCUCCUCUGAUGAGGUGCAGCUGCUGCCCCCCCCUGAAGCAGAAGUGCCAGUCCUGCCUGCUGGAGACGAGCCACUUCUACCGCCUCUUCCUAUUGAGGAACAACCUCCUCCUCCAACAGAGUAGCUUAGGUUUUUAUUUUGUUAGUGGUAUUUGUAAAUAACAUUUGUGGAGAUUUUAUAAAAUUUUUAAAGUUUU